AUGGGGGGGCUCGACAAGGUGGUCGCCGUGGACAACGCGGCCCGCAGCGUCAUCUGCGACCCCAUCCUGCCCCCCAUCGUCCGUGCCCUGCCGAGCUUGUCCUCUCCCAAGUUCGAGCCCUUCUCUCUCACCGUCGGCGACAGCCUCUACGUCAUGGACGCGGUCCCCAGGCCGCCCAACGGUUGCGCUUCAAGUGCAAGGGCUGGCACUGGAGUCCUCUCGACCCUCCUCCCCAUGUGUACGAUGACGAUCACCUCCCCGCCCCCCCCCCCCCCCCUCGAUUCCUACGCGGUGGUCGCCGGCGGCGCGGGCAUCGCCGUGUCCAACAACGCCAGCGCGCAGACCUUCCGCUUCGACACGGCGGGCAGGACGUGGAGCGAGGCCGGCGACUGGGUGCUGCCCUUCACCCGUCUCGCCGACUACGUCCCCGAGCACAAGCUCUGGUUCGGGAUCUCACCCGCCGAGGACGGCCACCGCUUCUGCGCCGCCAACCUCGCGGCGUCGCCCGUGGUGCACGGGCUCUGGAAGGAGUACGCCCAGCCUCCCCCGGAGUGGAGCGUUGCGGAGGCCUACGCCGUGCACCUGGGCUCCUCCAGGUUCUUCUCGAUUGGUGAGAUCCGCGUGGAGACCCAUGAUUGCUACAAGGUGGAGGGUGAGCUCCAGGCCGUGGUCACCGGCGUCGAGGUCCAGCGUUGCGGUGAGGAGCUCCGUGUGCUCAAGCACAAGUCUGAACGUUACGAGCUAGCCCUCAAUGUCGACUACCGGGUACUCUGCUAAGUCAUCUAUCGUCAGUUGCCUGCUGUUCUAUACAAUAGCUAGUAGAGCAACGCAAUGCAAUGCAUGCAGAGUUGUCAUCUCA